CAGCCAUGCGGAGCGGGGCGGGGGCAGCGCCCAUCUCUCCGGCCGUGCCCCGCACAGCCAUGCGGAGCCCGCGGGCGGCCCUGGCGCUGCUGCUGGCGGCGGCGAUCGCCCCGCGGCCGGCGCGGCCGCACCCGCAGUGCCUGGACUUCAAGCCGCCGUUCCGGCCGCCUCGGGGCCUCGCCUUCUGCCGCCGCUACUCCGAGUUCGGCUGCUGCGACCCGCACCGCGACCGCGCCCUGCUGCAGCGCUUCUACCGCCUCAGCGCCGGCCUCGACGAGCGCACCUACGCCGCCUGCGCCGGGCACCUGCAGGACCUGCUGUGCCAGGAAUGCUCUCCAUAUGCAGCUCACUUGUAUGAUGCUGAGGACCCCUCCACCCCGGUGAGGACGAUACCAGGGCUGUGCCAAGACUAUUGCGUUCAAGUGUGGCAAAACUGCCGCUCCAUCUUCCGCUCCCUCUCCGCGGAGCCGGAGUUAAUCGCGCUGGAAAACGACGCGGCCAAGCUCUGCCGCUACCUGUCCCUGGAGGACGGCGACUACUGCUUCCCACAGCUGCUGGCUAACCAGAACCUGAACCAGAACCUGGGCCGGGUGACGGCGGACGCCGAGGGCUGCCUGCAGCUCUGCCUGGCCGAGGUGGCCAACGGGCUGCGCAACCCCGUGGCCAUGGUGCACGCCAACGACGGCACGCACCGGCUCUUCGUGGCCGAGCAGCUCGGCCUGGUGUGGGCCUACCUCCCCGACGGCUCCAGGCUGGAAAAGCCAUUUCUGAACAUCAGCGAAGCUGUGCUCACCUCACCUUGGGAAGGAGAUGAGAGAGGGUUCCUGUGUAUCGUCUUCCAUCCUAAAUUCAAGUUUAACGGGAAAGUGUACGUCUACUACUCAGUCGAAGUCCGUUAUGAAGAGAGGAUCCGAAUCAGUGAGUUCAGAAUUUCUCCUACUGACAUGAAUACCUUGGACCACGGUUCUGAAAGGAUAAUCCUUGAAAUAGAAGAACCUGCUUCCAACCACAACGGAGGAGAGCUGCUCUUUGGAGAUGAUGGGUAUCUCUAUAUCUUCACUGGAGAUGGAGGCAUGGCUGGGGAUCCCUUUGGCACCUUUGGAAAUGCCCAGAACAAAUCAGCCCUGCUGGGCAAAGUGCUGCGGAUCGAUGUGAACAACAACGACCGGGGGCCCCGGUACCGAAUCCCGCCUGACAACCCUUUUGUCAGCGACCCCACGGCUCGCCCCGAGGUCUACGCCUACGGAGUCAGGAACAUGUGGCGCUGCUCCUUCGACAGGGGCGACCCUCACACCAGGGCAGGGAAGGGGCGCCUCUUCUGUGGAGAUGUGGGGCAGAACAAAUACGAAGAGGUCGACAUCGUCGAGAAAGGGAAAAACUACGGCUGGAGGGCGAGGGAAGGGUUCAGCUGCUACGAUAAAAAACUCUGCGCCAAUUCGUCCUUGGAUGAUGUGCUUCCAAUUUAUGCAUAUCCACACAAAAUGGGGAAAUCUGUCACGGGAGGCUACGUCUAUCGAGGCUGUGAGUCUCCAAACCUGAAUGGCCUGUACAUAUUUGGUGAUUUUAUGAGUGGACGCCUGAUGUCUUUGAAGGAGGAUCAUGCUACUGGAGAGUGGCAGUACAGUGAAAUCUGCAUGGGGACAGAACAAACGUGCAUGUUCCCUGGGCUUAUCAAUAACUAUUAUCAAUACAUCAUCUCCUUUGCUGAAGAUGAAGCAGGGGAAUUGUACUUCCUGUCUACUGGUGUACCAAGUGCCACAGCUCCCCAUGGAGUGGUGUACAAAGUGGUGGACACCUCCAGGACAGCCCCACCAGGAAAAUGCCAAGUUGAGCCAUCUCCAGUGAAAGUCAAAAGCAAGCUCAUCCCGUUUGUGCCAAAGGAGAAGUUUAUAAUGAAAACACCGACGGCACAUCCGCGGCUGAAGAGCACGACGCCGAGGGCAGGCGAGCCGCAAACUCCCCGCACGCCGGCGGUGGACGGGGCGGGCGGAGCCCCGGGGAGCCGGAGCGGGGCUGCAGAGCCCGCCACGGGCAGCCGGAGCGGGGCUGCAGAGCCCGGGCAGCGGCGGAGGAAGAAGCCGCCCGGCAAUGGCUCGGUGCGGCUGGUGCGGCGGGGCCGGCGGGGCCGCGCCCGCGGCAGGGUGGAGAUUUUCAUCGACGGCGAGUGGGGCACGGUGUGCGACGAUGGCUGGGGCUCGGCCGCCGCCGCCGUGGUGUGCCGCCAGCUCGGCUUCCCCUACGCGGUGCGGGCCGCCAAGAAGGCAGAGUUCGGGCAGGGCAGCUCCCUGCGCAUCCUCCUGGAUGAUGUGCAGUGCUCCGGGCAGGAGCGGACGCUGCUGGAGUGCGCCCACGCCGCGGUCGGCACGCACAACUGCUCACACGAGGAGGAUGCUGGCGUGGUGUGCAGCCGGGAGGAGGUGACACAGUGACUGGAGGGCAGGGCGGGGCAGCUGAGGGACUUGGAGCACAUCCCUUUCUUGCCCAACCCUCUAAACCAGACGCUGUAUUGAGGAGGGUGUGCCCUGCCUUGAGGAUGCUGCAUCUGUUCAAAGUAAUCUUGUGUUUCCUUCAUGUUUGUCCCGUGCAUCUGCUUCAGAGGGGAAAAAAAAAAAAAAGUAAAAUAAAUCACUAAAUUGAGUGUGUUGUGGGCAGGGAUUGCAUUUCUAUGGGUUUUUUUUUUUUUGUAAUAAGAAAUCCCCAAGCGUCAGCCUUUAUAAAUCAGAAAAGAGAUGCAUCCUGUUGCCCUUUCCCAUUUCAAAAUACAACAUUCUUCAGCUGUGCUUCACAAUGUUUUGGCAGAAGAUAUAUUCCCAAAUGACUGUGUUUCACUCUUACAGAAGCAUUUGCAUUGUUUGCCUUGCUUUGCCACCUGCAGCUCUGAACUGAGGUUUCUAAAGA